AUGCACGUCAUCAAGUCCCUCCUCGCUGGUCUCGUGGCCAUUGGCCAGGUCUCAGCCGUGCCUUGCUCGCCUUGGGUCGUUAAGCCCAUCAAGAAGAUUGAGCUCGGCCCGCGUCCUUACUACCUUAUCGAGAGCCUCACUCCCGGACCCCUGAAGGCCAAGCUCGCGUCGUGCACCGAGAUGGACAUGAAGCCCAGCACCUGGUCUAUUGGCCAUCGCGGCGGCGGCACUCUCCUGAUCCCGGAGGAGUCGCGCGAAUCUAUUAUGGCCGGCUCGCGCAUGGGCGCCGGUAUCCAGGAGUGCGACGUGAGCUUCACCAAGGACCGCGGACUAGUCUGCCGCCACAGCCAGUGCGAUUUACACACCACGACCAACAUUGUUACUAUCCCGGAGCUAAACGCCAAGUGCAAGACGCCGUUCCAGCCGGCCGCCAACGGCCAGCCGGCCAAGGCCGAGUGCUGCACCAGCGACCUCACUGUGGAGGAGUACAAGACGCUGUGCGCUAAAAUGGACGGCUUCAACGCCACAGCCACCACCCCCGAGGACUACCUGCACGGUACCCCGGCCUGGCGCUCCGACUUGUACGCGACCUGCGCCAAGGUCAUGACGCUGCAGGAGCACAUUACGCUCGUCCGCUCCCUGGGCCUCAAAUUUACCCCCGAAAUCAAGACCCCCAUGGUGCCUAUGCCCUUCCAGGGCAACUACACGCAGGAGAUUCAUGUGCAGCAAAUUAUUGACGCGUUCAAGUCCAAUGGCAUCCCGCCUAAGGACGUGUACGUGCAGAGCUUCCUCUACUCGGAUCUCCUGUACCUGAUCAAGAAUGAGCCCGAAUUUGGCAAGCAGGCCGUGCUCCUCGACUCCAGCGGUGACAAGCCCGCCACCCUCGAGAUGGCCACGGCUAAUCUCACCACCUACGCUGAGGACGGCAUCCAGAUUGUCGCACCCCCCAUUGGCUACCUCGUCCACUCCGAAGGCGGCAAAAUCUUGGCCACCGAAUACGCUGCCAAGGCCAACACACUUGGCCUCAAAAUUAUCACCUGGUCGCUGGAACGCUCGCCGCCCGUGGCCCAAAUCAAGGCCAAUGGCGACUACUACUACGACAGCGUCAAGGAUCUUCUUAAAACUGAUGGUGACAUUUUCACUGUGCUCGAUGUUCUAUGGCAGCAGGUCGGUGUCUUUGCCGUCUUUUCCGACUGGAGCGCCACUGCUACCUACUACGCCAACUGCUUCGGCAUCGAGGUCUAG